AUGCAUCUUUACUUAAAGAUGUAAGUAAACUUUAUGAAGAUCUUAGAUAUUAAACAUAAUAUUUUAUGACCUAAACACCAAAAAAUAUGGUGGAUUCAAAUUUUGGUUUAAAAUCUUAAACACUUGAUUAUUCAGAUAUAUCUAUAGAUGAAGAUGAAAAUGAAGAUUAAUAAAUAGAUCUUAUCUAAAAAAUACCUUUUAUUUAAGAUAUAUAAUAAAAUAGGAGAAUUUUAGAUUAAGAUCCUACAAAUCCUGAACCAGUCUUUAAUACUACCGUUGAUGAGUAUUAUAAAUAAGGUCCUUUAAUUUCAAUAUAUUGUGGUUUUGGUCAAUAGAUUUUGUUAAAUGUAACAAAAUAUUUUUGUUCUUAAUAAAGAGUUACCAAAAAAUAAUAUGAAUAAGAAAUAAAAAAAGAUCUUUGUGAAAUAAGAUAUAGAUUAUCUUAUGGAUGUUUAUGUCCACCUGAUUUUUAUGAUAUUUAAUGUUUAAAAUGGAAUCAAAUAAUAUGUGAAAUAGAUUAACCAUUUAAAGAUUGUUAAAGUUUAAAUAAUAAAGAUUAUUACAAUGAAAAUAUUGAUGGUAAUCCUCCUUGUUUUGAAUUGUAAAAUGAUAAAUAUGUUGAAGUAAUUAUCUAGUUUGAAUGUAGAAUGUGAGAGCAGUUUGUAAAAAUUUUGAUUUAUAAAUGCUCCAUCCUUCAGUCUAUUCUUAAGAAGAAAGUUUCGAAGUAAUUUGGAGUAAUUAUUCAAGAGGAAUUAGUGCUUUAUCAUUAUAAUUAUAUAAAUUUUCUCUUCCUAAUCCUUCAGAUCCAAAUGAUCCUUAAUUUUAUAUUUAAUUUGCUCUCCCAGAAGAAGAAGAGAAAUAACUCUAUAAAUUUGACUAUUAACCAUUAUUUUUUGAUGCAGAAAAUCUGAAAAGCUCAUUCUAGUUUACUAUGAAUCCUUAUAUCACUUAUAUUAAUUGGACUAAUCUAAGAGAAUCUAAGACAACAUUAGUUUAAUAAGACCUUUCUGAAAGUUAACUUUUAGGAUAAGAAUAUAUUACUAUUACAAUUCAAACUGAUAAUAUGGUUUCUCUAUUUGGUAGAUACUCAAUAGAGAUUGGUCUCAUCAUUAAUAUCACUCACUUUUAUUCAAUAUAAAAAUAUGUUCAUUUACAUGAAUUUCAAGAUAAUCUAAUUUACAAACCAUAAUUUUAACCAAAAAUAUUAUUCUUUGAAGAUCUCUCUUUUAAAGGUUAUUUAUACAAUUAUUCUUAGAAUCUGUUAAUGAAUCUUCAUCAAAUUAAAUUCUUUAAAUUGAAGUUAUAUUAGGGAUAUUAUUAUUUUUGA